GGGAAGAGUGCGGAGGGGAACUAGCGGAGGCAGCGGGUGUGUUUGUGUGCGUCCUCCCCUCGCCUUCCGCCACGUGCCGCCCAGUGAUGCGCGACCGCCUUGUUGUGUCUCUUUCGCCUCUCUCUGUUGUGUGUGCGUGUUGCUGGGGAGGGGGGAGGUGAGCGCGGAAGAGGCGAGGCCUGCUCCGCCUGCCCCGCACCGGCCCCCGCGUGGCGGCCGGGCCGGGCGGAGGGGAAGGCCGAGGCGCGGCGCGGCUCCGCCCCGGAGGGCUGGCACGCUGGCUGCGAAGAUGGCCGAAGUCGGGGAGGACCGCAGCGGGGCCCGGGCCUUGCUGGCGCUGCGCUCGGCUCCCUGCAGCCCGGCCUCGGCGGCGCCCCCUGCGCCUCCUGCUCCGCCGCCGGUGCUGGCGCGGCUGCAGGGCCGCGACGUGGAGUUCGUGAUGCGGCAGGAGUCGGUCACCAUCGGGCGCAACUCCUCGCAGGGCGCCGUGGACGUGCACAUGGGCCGCUCCAGCUUCAUCUCGCGCCGCCACCUGGAGCUGGCCUUCCGCGCGCCCCACUUCUACCUCCGCUGCCUCGGCAAGAACGGCGUCUUCGUCGACGGCGCCUUCCAGCGGCGCGGGGGACCCGCCCUCCAGCUGCCCCCCAGGUGCACCUUCCGGUUCCCCAGCACCGUCAUCAAGAUCCAGUUUACGUCGUUCUACCACAAAGAGGAGGAGGUGAAGGAAGAAGCCUCGUCCCCUCCGCUCCGGCCGCUUUACCCCCAGAUGUCACCUCUUAAGAUCCACAUCCUGGAGCCGGAUCUCCGGAGUUUGGUCAGCCCGCUGCCCUCCCCCACUGGCACCAUCAGCGUUCCCAAUUCGUGCCCGGCAAGCCCUCGCGGUGCCGGUUCCUCAGGAUAUCGCUUUGUUCAGAAUAUUACCUCGGACCUGCAGCUGGUAGCAGAAUACGCUGCGAAGGCUACGUCGGAGCAGCAGGCGGAGACGUCCGGUGGGGACAGCCCAAAGAACAUGUUCCUCUGCGAUUUUGAAUAA